AAGCUCUUCACUGCUGAGCUACAUAGACGGAGUGUACGUACAGAUCUUUGCAGCGGAGCGACGGAGGCGGGAAGUUGAUUAAUCAGAGAUGAAUACUGACGUUAUGCGGGCAAACGGGAAACAGGCGAUAUCAACGGACACGAUCUGGCGGACUUUGACGAAAUCAACUGGCAGAUCUGUAGGCGUCGUAUCCGUCCUGCUACUCGUCGGCGCGUUGAUCUCCACGCACUUUCUCGACACUACGACUCUCGUCGGCGGCUUAGCUCAGAUAUCUCCGCUAAGCUCAAAAACAGGAGCUUCCAGCCGCAAUAAGUCCGGACAGCAAAUCGAAAUCGCACUCAACUGCAGUGAAUACGAGCUCACAGGAACCUGCCCCAAACACUACCCGACAACCGUCGAAUAUGAAGCUCCCAAUGCAGACGCCACGUGUCCGGAGUACUUCCGUUGGAUCCACGAGGAUCUAAGGCCGUGGGCCUACACGGGGAUCACACUGGACAUGGUGGAGAGAGCUAGACCGACGGCUAAUUUCAGAUUAGUUAUAGUGAACGGGACGGCGUACAUGGAGAAAUACCAGGACGCGUUUCAGACGAGGGAUGUUUUUACGCUGUGGGGGAUCCUACAGUUGUUAAGGAAGUACCCGGGGAAAAUUCCCGAUUUGGACCUCAUGUUUGAUUGCGUUGACUGGCCGGUCAUCAGAGCCGUCGACUACGGUGGGCCCAAUGCCACUACACCACCUCCUCUGUUCCGUUACUGCAAGGAUGAUGAAACUCUCGACAUCGUUUUUCCAGACUGGUCCUUCUGGGGAUGGCCUGAGAUUCGCUUAAAGUCGUGGGUGCCAUUGUUAAAUGACCUAAUGGAAGGCAACCAAAGAGUUAAAUGGGAGGAAAGGGAACCAUACGCAUACUGGAAAGGAAAUCCCGAGGUUGCCGAAACCAGGCAAGACCUCCUAAAAUGCAACGUUUCCGACACACAUGACUGGGGUGCCCGUGUCUUUGCCCAGAACUGGACAGAAGAAAGAACACAAGGCUACAAGACAUCGAACUUGGCCAGCCAAUGUGCACACAGGUUUAAGAUAUACGUUGAAGGGUCUGCAUGGUCCGUGAGUGAAAAGUACAUCCUGGCUUGUGAUUCUGUUACCUUGCUCGUAACACCCCGGUACUUCGAUUUCUUCACCAGAGGUUUGAAACCAUUGCAUCAUUAUUGGCCCAUUAAGCCGGAUGAUAAGUGCAGAUCUAUCAAGUUUGCAGUUGACUGGGGCAACUCCCAUCUUGAAGAGGCAAAGGCAAUGGGAAAGGCAGCAAGUGAGUUUAUAAAAGAGGAUUUAAAGGUAGACAACGUGUAUGACUACAUGUUUCAUCUCUUAAACGAGUACGGUAAGCUGAUGCUAUACAAGCCCACCGUACCCGAAAAAGCCGUCGAGUUAUGUUCGGAAUCGAUGGCUUGUCCGGCCAACGGAGCAAAGAAGGAUUUCAUGAUGGAAUCACUUGUGAAGGGUCCCUCGGUUACGAGCCCCUGCACCAUGCCUUCGCCGUACGAUCCGGCAUCACUACACGCUUUCCUUAGUGAGAAGGAGAAUUCGAUGAAGCGAGUAGACGAAUGGGAGACUUAGGCAGAAUGCAUUGAUGCAUCAAAAUCAUUGAGUUAUUCUUUUUCACGACCA